AUGAUUUUUAUUUGGAGACAACAGUUGAAUGGUUUAGUUGUACCUUCAGAUCGUUCAAGUCAUGUGAUUGCGGAGAUGUGGAAUUAUCUUAGUAUAAUGGGUGCAGUUACUGUUUUCCAUUUCCCAUGUUUCGUUCUAGGAUGGAAUACCAGUAUUGCUUUUAUCUGCGGCAAUUUUGUUGUUUGGAAAGGAGCGUCAACAACGCCACUAAUAACUAUCGCUAUAACUGAAAUAUUAUCGAGAGUUCUGAAGAAAAACAACUUACCUGGUGUUAUCUUUAUUAUUUUACAUGGAGGAGCUGAGAUUGGUGAGGCCAUAGCACACGGUACAAACAUUUUUCUUGUUUCAUUCCAUGGAACUACUAAGUUUAUACACGGAAGAUGGUCCAUUGACUUCAUUAAUGCAACAUUCUUUGAACCUCCUGGCUCCUGCUGA